AUGGAUAAGUGUCGUUUAUGUGGAGAAGAGAAAUACCUUGAAAAUUUAUGCAAUUUUAGGGAUCCCGAGUGGAUGAUAGAAAUUAAGCUGGAAACAGUGUUUAACAUUAAAUUGACAAACGAAAAAUUAAUGCCUCAAUGUUGUUGUUUUGAAUGCAUUUCAAAACUCGAUUGCUCUUUAGAAUUCUUUAAACGGAUUAAAGAGACUCAACAAAGCUUAUUGGAAAACUUAAAUAAUCAAUUAUUACAAUGCGAAAAUUCUUUUGAAGUAAAGGAAGAAAUUAAGAUCGAAGUGAUAGAUACAGAAUUAGUAGCUCCUCCUUUACUUUAUCCUGAACUAGAGGUUUAUAGCUCAAAUCACUUGAAAAUCAAGAAACGAAGAAAGAAGUUACAGAGUUCAUCGGAAAAUUACACAAAUGAUCGAUGUAAAGGUACAAGAGUAGAGGACAUUUUUAAAAAUGAGAUAAAUGGAAUAUAUGAAUCACAGCCUGAAACUUUAGACUUAUUAGAAAGCGAGAAAAAUGACGAUGGAACAAUUACUGAAAGUGGUUUGCUGAGGAUUCCGCUAUUAGGAUGGUCGGCAUACAUUUGGAGAUGUGUUGUAUGUAAAGUUUCAAUAGACUCGAGUAAAUCACUUGAAGCUCAUUUCAAAAUUGAACACACAAAAACAAAACCUAUAUAUCCUUGCAUGGACUGCAAAUUAUCCUUUAAAAGCUAUUUUUCAUUUCAAAACCAUGUUAUCGAUAAUCACAAACCAAAUCUGAAGUUUUCUUGCGAUGUUUGUUCUGAGUUUCGAUGGAAUCUAAUGAGCUUGUACAACCACCGACGUCACCUUCAUCCGAAAUACAAAAACACUUGUUUGUAUUGCGGCAGAUUAUUUGAAAGUGGAUUUAGUUUAAAACAACAUGUGUCUGUGCAUAUGAAAUUUAAGGAAGAUGAGCUUUUUUUCUGUGACAUAUGCGGCUUCCAAGCACAUACAAAAUUUCUUAUUAAACAGCACAUCCACGUUUUUCAUUUAAAGAUUAAUACUGAAUGGGUUUGUGAACAAUGUGGAAAGAUUUGUAAAAGAUUAUCAGAUAUGCGAAGUCAUCAGCUGGUUCAUACAUCGGAACGUCCAUAUGGAUGCAAUCACUGUGAGUUAAGGUUUAAAUGCAAAAAACAGCUAAGAUGCCAUGAGCGAACUCACUUUGCAAGAAUUUUGAAAGAGGAAUGUAGUGUUUGUCUUAAAAGGUUUCUUACGAAAUCAAAAUUGACUAGACAUUUCAAAGUUCACACAGAUGAUUACGAAUACACCUGGUAA